GUUUUGCGUAAACAGUACGCAAAACAAAACAAAUCGAUAUCGAUUCUUUCACCAAAGGGUAAAAGCAAAUCUUUGGCCGCUCCAGUUUGUCGACACCAAAAUGAGCGCUACGCUCGUGAAUAUAGCCGAGGAAGACUUCUUCGGCACGGUCAUUCGGUACGGUUUGUACGUUGGGGCGAUUUUCCAAAUGGUGUGCCUGGCAGCGUGCAUCGUCCUGCCCGACUCGUCCGGUGGCAGUGGUGAACCGGGAAGUUGGUCACCGAAGAACAACGACAGCGAAGACUCUAGCUCGGAACACUCCUCGCCACAGAACACUCCCAGAAGACCGUACCACCGUAGCCGCAAGCAGGACAAAAAGAAGCGCCGCUAAGCUGCUCCACUCACUCUUGCUGAUCACUUUCCACGCAAAAUCUACUUUAAUAGCAUUCCAACGCUAGUCUGAGAUGUGUUAGAUGUUUUGUCCCUUCUCUAGCUUUUAAUCGAUAUCUUAUCGGGCGACUUCGGCAAUGACCGAUCUCACUGCGUACUUAGCGAUAGGAAGCUCAACGAGAUCUUCGUCUACUACCAUCCCGUAGUGAAACAAAAUACUCAUCAGCCAACCGAGACUAAAUGUAACAGUGUACUUAUUGUCGACUUAUAAAACAUUUAACUUCAGAAA